AGGUUCUCGGUGAAGACCCUGCUGGAGAAGUACACGGCGGAGCCCAUCGACGACUCCUCCGAGGAGUUCGUCAACUUUGCCGCCAUCCUCGAGCAGAUCCUCAGCCACCGCUUUAAAGGCCCCGUCAGCUGGUUCAGCUCGGAUGGGCAGCGCGGCUUUUGGGACUACAUCCGCCUGGCCUGCAGCAAGGUGCCCAACAACUGCGUCAGCAGCAUCGAGAACAUGGAGAACAUCAGCACCUCCAGGGCCAAGGGCCGAGCCUGGAUCCGCGUGGCCCUGAUGGAGAAGCGCAUGUCCGAGUACAUCUCCACCGCCCUGCGGGACACGCGGACCACCAGAAGGUUUUACGACGACGGGGCCAUCAUGCUGCGGGAGGAGUCCACGGUGCUCACCGGCAUGCUCAUCGGGCUCAGCGCCAUCGACUUCAGCUUCUGCCUGAAGGGCGAAGUGAUGGACGGCAAAACGCCCGUGGUCAUCGACUACACGCCCUACCUGAAGUUCACGCAGAGCUACGACUACCUGAGCGAGGAGGAGGAGCGGGGCAGCGCGGAGAGCAGCACGAGCGAGGACAGCUCGCCCGAGCGCCCCUACCUGCCGCUGGUCACCGACGAGGACAGCUGGUACAACAAGUGGCGCAAGAUGGAGCAGAAGUUUCGCAUCGUCUACGCCCAGAAGGGGUACCUGGAGGAGCUGGUGCGGCUGCGGGAGUCGCAGCUGAAGGACCUGGAGGCGGAGAACAAGCGGCUGAAGAUGCGCCUGGAGGAGGUGAUGGUGCAGAACCAGCUGGAGAAGAGGGAGCUGGAGGGCGUCAUCCUGGAGCUGCAGGAGCAGCUGACGGGGCUGAUCCCCUGCGAGAACACGCAGCUGGCCCAGCUCUCCAAGGAGAUGGUGACGCCCCUGGUGAACCAGUGGCCCUCGCUGGGGACGCUCAACGGCAACGAGAGCGGCUCGGACAGCAAGCUAUACCGCAGGCACAGCUUCAUGAGCACCGACCAGCUCUCGGCCGAGAACAGCCUCAGCUCCGACUCCCAGCGCCUGGGCGAGGGCAAGCGCGAAGGCGAGCCCUGGGGGCCCUUGGGGAAGGACCCGACGCCGUCCAUGCUGGGGCUCUGCGGCUCCCUGGCCUCCCUGCCCAGCUGCAAGUCCCUGGCCAGCCUCAAGUCCAACGAGUGCCUGGUGAGCGACAGCAACGAAGGCAGCCCGACCCGCAGCCCCAGCUGAGACCCCCGGCCCCCGCGGAGGACUGACCUCGUCCCCCCCACCGCCCGCCGCCGCUGGAGCACGAGGGACUCGCCGAACCCGUCGGGGAAGCUGGGCACGGGUGCCCCGUCCUCCUCCCGCCCCCUCUCCUCUGGCUUUUGACACCCCGAACCAGCUCGCCGGACGCCCGGCCGGAGACGUGGACCCGUUGGGAUGCGGGAUGCCGGCCUGGGACCCCCAAGACCCCCCCCCUUUGUCCGUGCGGGUCAGGGACGGGGUGACAAACUGCACCGUGCGGGGGACACUGGGAGCAAUGGAGGGGGUGUGGGGCAACCCCCCCCCCCCACCACCACCAGGGAGGGGACACAGCGGCACCCCAGCCGCUCCCGGGGCCCUGCUCUAUGGGGGGCAGCCGUGCCAGCAUCCUGCCCCGGGGCAUGGCUGGCCCCCGGGGAGCCCACCUGGGCUCCGCCUGCCCUCCAGUGCCGGCCUCCCCCCUGCAAUGCCCGUCCCCUCCCCGGCACUCAGGCGCUGCGCGGCCCCCGGCUCGUCCCCCCUCAUCCUCCCUGCGCGGGGCCCAGCUGCGCCUCCUCGCAACAGCACCCCGCGGCAGGGACGGGACCCCCCCCGCCUUCCCAUUCCCCACCGGGUUUCGGAUGCUUUUGGUUUUUAAUUCAGCCCCGUCUGCCUUGUUGGAGCAAAAGGAAUCAAUAAAUGCAGCGAUAUGA